GCCGCACCGGAUGUGGGGCGUGGCCUUCCCCAAGAGAGUUUCCUAAAGCGAGAAAACCAAGCCGGCGCCUCUUGCAAUGGAGACGGUCAUUUCUUCAGAUAGCUCCCCAGCUCUGGAAAAUGAGCAUCCUCAAGUUUCCAGAGCGCUGGCAGAAAAGACUUCACCCUCCAAGCAUGAAAUUGAAUAAUCCUUCUCUCCAGAAUCCUCUUGAAGGGAAGUUCUAAAAUAUUUAAGUAUUGAAUGUUUCCUACCCAAAUGAUUCGCAGUCAGUAAGGCUCACUUACACACUUAGAGCUUCCACUCAGCUUUAAAGCCUCCACUCUUAAGUUAUGGUUUAAGUUUUCCUUUAAACCAGGGAUUACCAAACAUCUAAAGAAAGGAUCUGUGAAAAAUGAUCCAAACUGCCCCCGACCCCACCCUGGAAUGUACCUUUGUUUUACUCUGAAGGCUGUAUCUCCCUGGUAAAAAAUAAAUAAAAAUGAAAAAGCAAACUGCCCCUCCCGAAUUCAUGUACACACGGAAGAAACAAACAUGAAAAAAGCAACUGGAAGGAAAAGGGGAGAAGAAAACUUUAAUAAUAUUAAUAUAACCUUAGGUAAAGGAACAUAUUUCUCAAUACCUGUGAAAGUAGUAUAUCUUUAAAGAAAACAACAGCCGGGCAUGGUGGCUCACGCUUGUAAUCCCAGCACUUUGGGAGGCCGAGGCAGGCAGAUCACCUGAGGUCAGGAGUUCGAGACCAGCCUGACCAAUAUGAUGAAACCCUGUCUGUACUAAAAAUACAAAAAUUAGCUGGGCAUGGUGGUGUGCACCUGUAAUCCCAGCUACUCGGGAGGCUGAGACAGGAGAAUCGCUUGAACCCAGGAGUUGGAGGUUGCAGUGAGCUGAGACUGCACCAUUGCAUUCCAGCCUGGGCAACAAGAGCAAAACUCUGUCUCAAGAAAACAAAAGCAACAACAAAAAACCAUAUUUCCACCAUGAAACAAGUAUAGGAUACAAUUUUUUAUAGAAGGAAUUUUCAGAAAAGAAAAAGGAACUCUUGGAAAUUAAAAAUAUAAUAGCAAAAAUUUAAACACAGCUGGAGGUUUCAAAAGUCAACAUGAGGAAAUUUCCCAGAAAGGAGAGUUAAAAAUCAACAAAGUAGAAAAUAGGAGAGAAGGUGCAGUGGCUCAUACCUAUAAUCCCAGCACGUUGGGAGACCGAGGCGGGAGACCAGGAGUUCGAGACCAGCUCAGCAACACAGCAAGACCCUGUCUCAACAAAAAAAAAAAAAAAUUAGCCAGGCACAGUGGCAUGCACUUGUAGUCCCAGCUACUCAGGAGGCUGAGACAGGAAAAUUGCUUGAGCCCAGAAGGUCAAGGCUGCAGUGAGCCAUGAUCUCGCCAUUGCACUCCAACCUGGGUGACAGAAUGAAAGCCUGUCUCUUAAAAAAAAAAAAAAAAAAAAAGGAAAUAUUUCAACAACCCACAAAACAAACAAACAUUAAAGGAUCAGUCUAGGAGGUCCAGUUUCUAAAUAGGAGUCAUAGAAAGAGAAAAAUGGCAACACAGAGGGAAGGAAAUAAUUGAGGAACUAAUUCAAGAACAUUUAUUGGAACUUGAGGACAUUAGUUUUCAUAUUGAAAGGGCCCAUCAAAUAUUCAGCACAAUGGAUGAAAGUGACCCACCCAAAGCACAGUCAUCCUGAGAUUUCAGAACACUGGAAACAGAGAAGAUCCUAUGAGUUUUCAGAGAGAAAAAGAAGUCACAUACAAAAAGUCAGAAUUGCCUCUCAACAACACCAGCAGCUAGCAGGCAGCGGAGGAAUGCCUUCAACAUUCUGCAGGAAAAUACAUUCCAAGCUUUCCUGCAGAUUCUCUAUUCAGUCGAAUUAUAAAUCCAAGGAUGAGGGUAGAAUAAAGAUAUCUACAGGCUGCAAGGUCUCAAAAACAUGUACCUUCCAUGCACCCUUUCUCAGGAAGGUACUGGAAGAUGUGUUCCACCAAAAUAAGGGAGUAAUCAAAAAAUAUGAAAAUGCGAUAUAGGAUACAGGAGCACCAGUGGAGGAGAGACGUGAAAGGGGUACCCAGGAUGGUGAUGAAGAAAGAUCCCAGGAUGACAGCAGUGCACACCAGUUAAACCAGCCCAGAUUUGAGCAGAGACCCCAGAAUCCAACAAUAGCGUGUAUACUUCCUUCAUGAAGUCUCAUCGCUGCUAUGACCUGAUUCCCACAAGCUCCAAAUUGGUUGUAUUUGAUACGUCCCUGCAGGUGAAGAAAGCUUUUUUUGCUUUGGUGACUAACGGUGUACGAGCUGCCCCUUUAUGGGAUAGUAAGAAGCAAAGUUUUGUGGGCAUGCUGACCAUCACUGAUUUCAUCAAUAUCCUGCACCGCUACUAUAAAUCAGCCUUGGUACAGAUCUAUGAGCUAGAAGAACACAAGAUAGAAACUUGGAGAGAGGUGUACCUCCAGGAUUCCUUUAAACCGCUUGUCUGCAUUUCUCCUAAUGCCAGCUUGUUUGAUGCUGUCUCUUCAUUAAUUCGGAACAAGAUCCACAGGCUGCCAGUUAUUGACCCAGAAUCAGGCAAUACUUUGUAUAUCCUCACCCACAAGCGCAUUCUGAAGUUCCUCAAAUUGUUUAUCACUGAGUUCCCCAAGCCAGAGUUCAUGUCCAAGUCUCUGGAAGAGCUGCAGAUUGGCACCUAUGCCAAUAUUGCUAUGGUUCGCACUACCACCCCCGUCUAUGUGGCUCUGGGGAUUUUUGUACAGCAUCGAGUCUCAGCCUUGCCAGUGGUGGACGAGAAGGGGCGUGUGGUGGACAUCUACUCCAAGUUUGAUGUUAUCAAUCUGGCAGCAGAAAAGACUUACAACAACCUAGAUGUAUCUGUGACUAAAGCCCUGCAACAUCGAUCACAUUACUUUGAGGGUGUUCUCAAGUGCUACCUGCAUGAGACUCUGGAGACCAUCAUCAACAGGCUAGUGGAAGCAGAGGUUCACCGACUUGUAGUGGUGGAUGAAAAUGAUGUGGUCAAGGGAAUUGUAUCACUGUCUGACAUCCUGCAGGCCCUGGUGCUCACAGGUGGAGAGAAGAAGCCCUGAGCUGGGGGAAGGGGUCAGGCAGCACCAGGGGAUAUGCCCAACUCACUGCCUGCUGGAAGCUCUGUGGGAAUCAGAUGAAACUUGGGGGAAUUGUGACUCUGUUCCCUGCUCAGGGCCCCCUGCCCUUCUAUCUGGGAGCUAGGGAAGGUAUAGGGGGAGGAAGGAGAAUGGAUUUAUAGCUACCCUUACCCUCACACAUACACUUGAAAAAAACUUUCAGCCUAGCCAAUUCUAGCCCCUGUCUUCUUAGACAUAGCCCCCUUUCUGGGUGAACUAUAGGCUCUGUGCCUCUCAGACAAAUCCUGAUCUCUAAGAGAUCCCCAGACCUCACUUGCCUCUGCCUCCAUCUCAGCCCUGAUUCAACCCUAAGAUAACAGCACAACAAAAUUCUUCAUAAAGAUAUUUUUAUUCACCUGUUCCAUGCUAUAUGGAGGAGGCUAAGUCCAUUUAGUGACAUUUCUUCCCAUAAUGUGAGUGGGGAGGAUUGUGGGGAGGAGGGGCUUUGGGUUCCUGUGUUUGUGCAUAUGAAGGGAGAUGGGGGUUAGGUGGAGGAGGAGGGCAGCGUGAUUAGCUAAGGUUAUUGCUUUUUGUGGCAAAUCUAAUUAAAUGACAGCUAUCUCUUCAUGGUA